AUGGAAAGUGAAUGGAAAACCCGUUUGAGGAACGAGAAGCAAGUAAGUCACCAGUCUUUUAUAAAUCGUUUCGCCGUAUCGCCUAAGGCAAUAUUUGUCUUAUUACAGUGAUUUCGAGUAUUAAAAAUUUCAUAUUUUAGAUUACAUUCGCGUUGGUGACAAUUUGCACAGUUUGCACUGUAUUUAGCAUAGUGAUCGCGCCUUAUUUGUUCAGCCAGAUUCAUCACUUGGACAUCGAAGUUGAGGUGGGUUACUGUAAUAUGAAAAAAAGCUGUAGCAGGAGAUCUCAAUUUUCAAAAUCUAGGAUGAAAAUUGCGUGAAACACAAUUAAUUUGAAUUCCUUAAAAUUUCUCAAAAAUAACCUGCAUACAUAUUAUUUUUCUAGGACCAUCACAGCUUCUGUGUGGAGCGGACCACAUUACUAGUCCGGGAGAUCGAGCAGUUAGAAGCGAUCAAAGAGAGUCCCAGAAGAAAGCGUCAAUCCGAUGAAACUUCAAGUUGUUGCACCUGUGGUCAAGGGCCAGCAGGACCGCCAGGCCCACCCGGAGAUGACGGAGACCCAGGUGAGUUUGGCUAUAAGUGUUUUUGCAACUUCACGAACAUUAGUUUUUUUCUGAAUUUAUAUUUCAUCAAAUUCAUUGAAAUUUGGAACUAAGCCCUUCAAUUUUUCAAACUUAGGUGCUGACGGAGUAGAAGGCCCUAAGGGCUCGGCUGGAUCGCCUUCCUCAGCCCCAUCGGAUCCGAAUAUCGACUGGUGCUUCGAUUGUCCAACUCCUCCAGCCGGCCCUCCCGGUCCACAAGGAGCCAAAGGAAACGCCGGAAAGCCCGGAAAACACGGGGAUCAUGGAAAGAACGGACAGCCCGGCGAACGAGGAGAAGUUGGGCCAGUCGGACCUCCAGGUAAAGCAACUAUCAAACACAAAAAUUGUGAUAUUAUUUUAGGCCAGCCAGGGCCAAUCGGAUAUCCCGGACCUCCAGGAGAUCCCGGAAAGGUGGUGGAAGUUGUGGUUACCGGUGAGCCAGGGCCCGCAGGACCCCCGGGACUUCCUGGGGACAAAGGACCACCAGGAGCGCCUGGUCUGGAUGGACCGGCUGGGCCUCCAGGACCCCCGGGAGACGGCCCAGGACCGCAGGGAUUACCUGGAAAUGAUGGUGUUACCGGCUUGCAAGGCGAUAAUGGGCAUAAUGGAGCACAGGGAAGCUGCGACCAUUGUCCUCCACCUGUUUUGGAGACUGGGUUCUGA